AUGGAGUCUGGUACAGCAGAGGAGGAGGGACCAGCUGAGGAUUACCUAUUCAAGAUUGUUCUGCUCGGCGACUCGGCUGUUGGUAAGUCGAAUUUGCUUGCUAGAUUUGCUAGAAACGAGUUCUACCCGAACUCGAAAUCCACCAUUGGAGUCGAGUUCCAAACGCAGAAGAUGAAGAUCAGCGGGAAGGAGAUCAAGGCUCAGAUAUGGGACACGGCCGGACAGGAAAGGUUCCGGGCUGUCACUUCUGCUUAUUACAGGGGCGCUGUCGGCGCCCUUCUCGUCUACGACAUUAGCCGGCGCGAAACCUUCGACGAUAUCCGGAGAUGGCUCAAUGAACUCCAUACUCACUCGGACAUGAACGUUGUGACGGUGCUGGUGGGGAACAAGUCGGACUUGAAGGAGGCGCGUGAGGUGACGACGGCUGAAGGGAAGGCUCUGGCGGAGGCGCAGGGGAUGUUCUUCAUCGAGACGUCGGCGCUGGACUCGUCGAACGUGGGGGCGGCAUUCCAGCUGGUGGUUAAGGAGAUUUACAACAUACUUAGCCGGAAAGUGAUGCAAUCAAAGUCGAAAUCAGAGGAGCAACAGCAGCAGCAGCAGCAGGACAUGAGUAUGAUGAAGAGAGAUUUAAGUAGCUCCCAUGGUAAGACUGUUAUUUUAGAACCCGCCGGCGCCGCCGCUUCCGGCGGCGAUCAAAACCAGAAAACAGCAUCGUCGCCGACGUCAUCUUCGGCGGCGGAUGCACCUGAUGCAGAUGCAAAUGGGCAGCAAAAUGCGGCAGGUGGGUGUUGUUGA